UAAAUGGCGGCGGGUUCUCCACAUACAGAAUCUCCGAUGCGCCACGAUGCAGCGGAGCAUUCGCCAUCGCCAUCGCCGGUGUUGGGGCAUGCACACAGUCCGACGCAUAUGGUGAUGGAUAAUCUGUUGGGAUUGCUUCGGAUUCGUGUCAAGAGAGGCCUUAAUCUCGCUGUGCGCGACGUCCGAAGCAGCGAUCCCUACGUUGUUGUCAGGAUGGGCACUCAGAGGAUGAAGACUCGAGUUAUCAGAAAGGAUGUAAAUCCAGAAUGGAAUGAGGAGUUGACACUUUCUGUUACAGAUACCGAGCAGCCAGUUUUAGUUGAGGUAUACGACCACGACACGCUCAGCAUGGACGACUUCAUGGGAGACGCGGAGUUUGACAUACGGCCAUUCGUGGAGGUCUUGAAGAUGCACCCAACAGGGCUUCCAAACGGAACGAGAAUCAAGACCAUACAGCCCUGCCGGAGCAACUGCUUGGUGGAAGAGAGCAGUGUUGUUUGGAGGGAUGGCAAGAUUAUGCAGGACAUGUGCCUGAGACUCAAAAAUGUUGAAUGUGGUGAGCUCCAAUGGAUUGAUCUUCCUGGCUCCAAAGCUUUCUAGCCAUAGUCAACACUGCUCAAACUACAUUCGCUUCUGAUUUUUUGUAUCACCUUUGUUUCAUUGUUGUUAUUGCAAGUGUAAGUAAAUAUAUUCAAA